AUGUCGCGACUGGCCUUCACCGAAGUCCAGCGAGGGCCAGCACGCGACUCCCUCGAACUGGCCUCGUUGGCCGACUCGGACGAGCAAGACGAUCUGCCGUCAGAGGCUUCCUCGUUGUCCGGCAUCUCGUCUUCACGCCGGCUCUCCUUCGAGAACGAAGACCCACUUGACAAUGCCAAUCCCGCCGGCCGUGGUCGCAUGCAUCCCAGGUCAUACUCAGUCUCCUCAGCAUUCGACUUCACCCCAGCGCUGUUCCCACUCCAGUCAACGUCAGGAGGGUACACGGCUCUUGGAGCACCGUCACAGGUCUCACUGUCGCUAGAAAGAGGAGGCGCCCACGACAAUCUCGAGAAACAGAAAACACUCACAUUCUUGAAUGGCCUGUCUCUGGUAGUCGGCCUAGUCAUCGGCUCCGGUAUCUUCUCCUCGCCAGCACAAGUCAACUCUCACACCGGCUCACCCGGCGCCGCCCUCAUCGUCUGGGCCAUCUCCGGCCUCCUAACCUGGACCGGCGCCGCUCUAUCUAGCCAAGAUCUUCGGCGAACUCGUCGGCUUCCUCUCACCUGGACCGCCAUCCUCGUCCUCAAACCCGGCUCCGCCGCCAUCAUCGCCAUCAUCUUCGGCGAAUACGUCAUCCGCGCCGCCAUCGGUGCCGACGUCGAAGAAAUCAACCCUUGGAUCAACAAAGCACCCGCCUUCCUUGCCCUCGCAGUGGUCACUUUCCUCAAUUGCAUCUCCACUCGCUUCGCCGCCCGUAUCGGCGACCUCUUCAUGUUCUUCAAGUUCAUCGCCUUGAUCGCUAUCACAGUGAUUGGGAUCAUCGUUGCGGCCACAGGCCUUUCAUUCAACGGCCCCGCCAACACCGACUGGAAAUCCCGCAACUGGUUCGACGGCACCACCACCGAUAUCAGCAGCUGGGCCGUCGCCAUCUACGCCGGCCUGUGGGCGUUCGAUGGCUGGGACAAUACAAAUUACGUGACCGGCGAGUUCAAGAAUCCUAGCAAAGACCUCCCUCGGGUCAUCCAUACAGGCAUGCCGACGGUCAUAAUAUGCUACAUCCUCGCCAACAUCGCCUACAUCUUCGUCCUGCCGCUCGCUACAAUCAACAAAUCCAAUACCGUCGCCGUCCAGUUCGGCAAUAAAGUCUUCGGCGCAACGGGAUCCCUCAUUCUCGCACUCAUCGUCUCGGGCUCCUGCUUCGGAGCGCUCAAUGCCACAACAUUCACCUCCGGCCGCCUCGUCUACGCCGCGGGCCGCGAAGGCUACAUCCCCGCCGUGUUCGGCACCGUCGGCUUCGGCCACCGCAACUCCCAGCUCCCAGCACCAGCCAAGUUUCGCAAACGAAGCUGGCUCACCAAGAAACUCCGCUCCAUCUUCGGCGACGACGCCGGCUUCGGCGCAACUCCCAUCAAUGGGAUGCUGCUCAACGCCUGCCUCACGGCAGCGUAUGUCGCGGUAGGCGAGUUCAAAUCCUUGAUAACGUUCUACGGCGUCGCAGGGUAUACCUUCUACUUCCUCACCGUCCUUGGCCUCAUUGUCCUGCGGAUCCGUGAGCCACAUUUGGAGCGCCCGUACAGGACGUGGAUCACGACGCCGAUUAUCUUUUGCUGUGUGAGUUUGUUCUUGGUGGUGAGGGCGGUAGUGAAUGAGCCGGUGCAGACGUUGGUGGUUGUGGGUUUUGUGGUGGCUGGCGUGCCAGCUUAUUACUGGCGGAUACGAGGCAGAGAUAGUGGUGGGCAGCGGGAGGGGGAGGGAAGAUUCUGGAGGAGAUGGGGCAGGGGGUUGAGGGGGCGAUGA